AAAACAAGAAGUGAGCAAAAUUCAAACGUCUGACUCGACAAAGAUAAAAGACCGGUGAAUUUUUUGAGCUCAAUUUUUUGUUUUCGACCAUUUGCUUAAAAGCACGGCUUAUUUGGUACAAAAAACCACAAAAAACGAUUAUCUAAUCAAGGAUUAAACCAAUUUUGAUGCCACUAUGGCUAAAGAAGAAUGCAGUUUUGGCAAGAAGUGCUACAGACUGAACCCCAUUCAUUUCAGAGAAUAUUCUCACGCCCACUUGGAAAGUAUAAUAUCUCAGCAAGGGCUAACAAAAACGGAGGACAAAUUUGAGCUUCCGAGCAGCUUCAAAACUGACCUUCCCCAAGAUGUCAUCAAACAACAAGUUGGUGUCAUACUUUCCAUGAAGAAACACAAGGAAAUGUCUAAAGACUUCAAAGCCCAAAAAGAUCAACCAGCCUCAUCCAGCUCUGCAGGGCCAAGCAACUCUAAUUCAACUAACACAAGACAUGGAAAGGAGGAAAGCAGCGUUUUAUCAAAGUGGGAGGCAGCUGCUCCUUUCCAUUUAUUCAUGACUGUUGUCCCUAACAUACCCCAGACAUUAGAGGAAGGUUUGAGCAUAAGUUUGUCAGAUUUGUACCACCCGAGUUUUGGUGACAUUGAUGAAUCUCUGCAAAUCAACUUUAUGGUUGAUGUAAAUUUCCUAUUGAAAAAUUUGGCUGCAGCUAAUUGUGUAGGUAAACCCAUGCUCAUCCUUUAUGAAACAAGCAAUUUUGAGGAAGUUAAAAACCAGACAAGGGAAAUAAAAGCCCUAUGCGUGAAACCAAAAUCUAUGUUUGGGCAUCACCACACAAAAAUGUCAAUAAUACUUUACAAAGACAAGAGUAUCCGAGUUGUAGUGUCAACUGCUAAUUUAAUAGAAGAAGACUGGAAUGAUUACUCACAAGGAGUUUGGAUUUCACCAUCCUGCCCACCAGCAGAGGAUAAAACCAAAGGCGAGUCUCCGUCAGGGUUUCGAUCUUCUCUGGCAUCUUAUCUCUCUGCUUAUAAACUGAAAGACUUAGAAAAAUGGAUCCAACUUGUUCGAGGAGCUGAUUUUUCCAACGUCAAGGUUUGCUUUGUUGGCUCUGUGCCUUCCACUGGUCCGCAUGAGGUGAAGCAGUGGGGUCUCGGGCGCCUGAAGCACUUGCUACAAAAAUAUGUUCCUGCCGAAUCUGCAGAAGCAAACUGGCCUCUUCUGGUGCAGUGCUCUUCCAUAGGAUCUCUAGGCCAAACCCCAUCUGACUGGGUGGAGAGCCAGUUAAAAUCAACUAUGCUUGGAGCAGCCAGACAACCACAUUCAAAAACACCCCUUUACCUGAUCUAUCCGUGCUUGAAAGAUGUGAAGAGCAGUUUGUCGGGAGGUGGAUGCUUGCCGUACUCGUAUGCUACGCACAGAAACCAAAUGUGGCUGUGCGAGUUUGUCUACAAGUGGCGCGCUGACUGCAGAAUGAGGGGUUUUGCCAUGCCACAUAUCAAGACCUACAGUAGACUGUCUCCAGACUGGACGAAAGCGGCCUGGUUUCUGCUCACCAGCUCUAAUCUGUCAAAAGCUGCUUGGGGACGAAGUACUCACCAGGGCCAAGGGCAAAACAUUUUGUCCUAUGAAGCUGGAGUUUUGUUUGUUCCUCAGUUGAUGGUUGGUAAGAAACACUUUGAAGUUUCACUAGGACCAAAACAAGAGAGCCAAAAACUGCCUUUUCCAUUUGAUUUGCCACCAGUGAAAUAUGAUUCUUCCGAUAAAAUGUGGGUUUCUGAUUACCUACAGCAGUAGAUUUUAAGGAGAAUGCCAAGGAAAAUAGUAUACAGAUCUGAACCUUUAAGAACGGAACAUUAAUUAAGCUUUGGUUUUACUUCUUAAUUUUGGUUUAUUAUUAUUUUUUGAUAGAUUUUCACAUUCAUAUUUUUUUACUUACUAUAUUUUAUAAUAAUAAACUUAAAACUUAAUAAAUGAAAUGUAUUUUGUAAAAACUGAAAAAAAUCUACUGAAAUAAACCUUGACCAGAUUUCAUCAAAUUUAUGAUUACCUGUACGUCCUCUUAAUGAAUAAACUUCACCAAGUUCUGUUAA